GCCUCGUGCGCUGAACUGUCCACCGUCAAGCGUCAGUUGCAGUUCGUGGCUCGGUAUUGUAAGGUGGUACCAAUCGGGUAUUUGUGAACCGGCGCCUAUAGCCGCAUGUACGAAAGGAGUGUUGAUGUUAAACCGUUUGGUUGAAGCUGUAAUCGUAGGGUUGAAACUUUCCUAAAGCCAUUUGGUGGAUUGUGGUGUUUAACGGUGUUUUAGUGUGGGCAAUUGAAGUUUAGCUUUGGUGCUGUUUUUGUGCGUCAUUGUGUCCUGGACUGGUCCAGGAUUGCAAAUUGAAUAGUACUAUGGCUGCUCGUAUGGCUUCACUGUGUGCAGCAGUGGCGAUCUGCACCUUAUGCUCGAUCGCUUCUGCACUUCCGCAACAGACGGUGACCUACCACGGAAAUCUGUACCCUUCCUUGGGGACAUCGGUUGUUGGAAGCACACCGAAGCUUCUGCUUCCAGAUUCUAGCUCAUCGGAAGAACGCGUUCUUACAGGAUCAGAAGAUUUCUUGGCCUCGUUUUCUUCCGGCGGUGAGGAUAGCUGCAGCUUCGACAAAUAUGCGUUUGAUCACGACGGUACAGUGAAGUACGGUAACAAACUGCCAGCCCUUUCCCAGUUCACGCUCUGCAUGUGGAUGCGAUUCACCAAUCAUACCGGCGACCACACAAUCCUCACCUACUCCGCGGAAGAUGAACCACGCGAAAUACAGCUCUGGAUAUCCAACAACAUGGGCAUGAGCUUCAUUAGUAUGGCCGUUCAUGGCCAGUCACUCUUUAGGUUGAACUAUCCUUUCAAAAUGCGAAAGUGGCACCACGCUUGUGCGUCGUGGAACGGUAAGACCGGCGAAUGGCAACUGUGGAUCAAAUCGGAACGCGUCGGACGCGGAUUCCACAACCGGCUGGUAAAUUACGAAAUCAAACCCUACGGUACGCUGUUCUCCGGUGGUCCAUCCAUUACCGGACUGACUGAUGUUGGGUUGCACUUCGAGCUGACGGCGAUCCAGAUGUACAAGGUAGCGCUGAGCGCGGGAAAGGCACACCGCGACCACAAACAUCACCAUGUGCACCAUUUCGAUCAUAACGGCGGUGAGGUUUCGUCUACCACACCACGGACGCAGGUGGCGCCUUCACCUCAACCGGCGAACCCGCUGCUAGCAAAUGGACAGAUACCAACGCGCGUUAAGAUCAAUCUAGCGACAAAUGGCCCCCAACAGAACAGUGGCUCACUAGGCAUUCCUACCAAGGGUUUACCGUCUCAGCUCGUCGGUGGUUUUAGCCCGUCCACCGGCAAUGGUGCCACCGUUACGACCAACUUUGUCAACGGUCAGUUCAGUACCGGUGUUCGAUUCCUGCAGGAGCAGCUCGCAUCAAACAACGUGAUCGGUCAGUUCCCUCGCACAAGCGGAUCGAUCGGUUCGUCCAGUACGUUUACAUUCCCCGAUAGUAGCAGCGAGUUGCUCGCGGGUCCAUCGACAAACUCUGGCGGUGCAUACUCCAUCGUUCAACUUCCCACCGACACAAGCCCGCGGAAGCUUUUCAAGCGUCAAACGGCAGCGAAGAUAGCCGCCAAGCUCGACCAAACCGGUGCUGCGACGGAAACGAAAACAAAGCGCGACUUGAUUCAGCUACAGGACGGUUCACUAUUGCAGAGCUCCGAGUACAUAUUUGACGGAUUGGCAGAGUUUGGUUUGCCCGACUUCAAGAAUAAGGUGGGCCGCGAAACGGAUAUUGAGGAUGAAAUUCGCGAGCACGAUAAAGAACCUGCCGAGGAGGAGGUGCGUGCUGUCAUGAACAUCUGCUCCAAGUGUGCACCGGAACCUUUUGCCAAGGCGCUCAUAUUCGCGUGGAAGGAUGCAGUGACGGAAUUGGGUGGUGCACUAUCGGCUAAGGCGUCAUCUCACUGUGGCCAUUUCUAGGAUUGGGUGGGGAAACCCCAACCGGUCCCGCAUGGAGUAGGAUCCGAGGCCGAGAUGAAACGCUCGCAGUACGUAACGUAAACAGUAUGGAAUAUUUAAAUACCUCAAACCGUACAUUAUUAGUGUAUUUCUAUGAAGCCAUAGCCCAAGAGUGAGAGGUGUACAAGUGAUGUAUGCACUAAAAGCGUAAUAAAUGUAUUAUACCAUAUCGAC